UUAACCAAUUGCUCUCUCUCUCCCUCUCUCUCCCUCUCUCUCUCUGUCGUUGCGCCGUUGAGUGCGUUGGUGGAGGUCCCCCCUAGUCGGGUCCCUUUUGCAGUAGUUGGGAGUUGUAGCGACUGAGCGAAAAAGAGGGUGCGCGCCAGAGAAGAGCCCGAACAAACAGAAGUAGUGGCAUUAAGUGAAUUUUGUGACACCAUCCUCCGCGGCUUUACCAGACCUAUAUACUACAUCCAUCGGAUCACUGUUUUACCGACAGCCAAAUCCACUUCGUCUCCAGCCUGCGAGCUUCAGAACGCGGCCGUGUCAGCGGGCAUGAGCUAACCCCAGACAUGGAAACCAAACCUUUCUUGUCAUUGGGGUUCCUGAAGCCUCAGUGCUCGCUGGCGCCCCCCCCACAGAGAGGCCGCUCCGAUGGUUGCACCUGCUUCAGCGGGAUGUGCCACCUCCACCAGCGCCGCCUGUCCACCGACUGGCCGAUUUUUAACAAACUGGCCGAUAACCGACGUAGCUACCCUACAGGAGCUGUCACACAACUGCAAGAUUCAUCGGGCCACUUGAACUCGCCCUCGUCCCACCGGUCCAUGCACCCGGCGCUGCUCAGCCCGUCCUCCAUGGGCCCGUCGGGGCUGCACUCGUCCAUCAGCGGCCUGGGCUCGCCCAUGAACGGCCUGGGCUCCCACUUCUCCGUCAUCAGCUCCCCCAUGCACCAGCACCCCAUGAGCUCGCCCGGCAUGGGCUACAGCUCCAGCAUCAGCCCGCAGCUGAACUCCCCGAUGAACUCAGUGAGCAGCUCAGAGGACAUCAAGCCUCCGGUAGGCCUGAACGGUGUGAUGAAGGUGCCAGCCCAGCCCUGCAACAACCCCCUGUCCCUCACCAAACACAUAUGUGCCAUCUGCGGUGACCGCUCCUCAGGCAAACACUACGGCGUGUACAGCUGUGAGGGGUGUAAAGGCUUCUUCAAGCGGACCGUACGCAAAGACCUGACCUACACGUGCCGCGACAGCAAGGACUGCACCAUCGACAAGCGCCAGCGCAACCGCUGCCAGUACUGCCGCUACCAGAAGUGCCUGGCCAUGGGCAUGAAAAGAGAAGUGUUGUUACAUGCAGCCGUCCAGGAGGAGCGUCAACGGGCCAAGGACAGCAAAGAGAACGAGGUGGAGUCCACCAGCAGCGCCAACGAAGACAUGCCCGUGGAGAAGAUUCUGGAAGCCGAGGUGGCCGUGGAGCCCAAGACGGAGACCUACAUCGAGACCAACCUCGGCAUGCCCUCCGACUCGCCCAACGACCCCGUGACAAACAUCUGCCAGGCCGCAGACAAGCAGCUGUUCACCCUGGUGGAGUGGGCCAAGAGGAUCCCGCACUUCUCCGAGCUGCCACUCGACGACCAGGUCAUCCUGCUGAGAGCAGGCUGGAACGAGCUCCUGAUCGCCUCCUUCUCACACCGCUCCAUCACGGUGAAGGACGGCAUCCUCCUGGCCACAGGGCUCCACGUGCACCGCAACAGCGCCCACAGCGCCGGGGUGGGCGCCAUCUUUGACAGGGUGUUGACAGAGCUGGUGUCCAAGAUGCGGGACAUGCAGAUGGACAAGACUGAGCUGGGCUGCCUGCGAGCCAUCGUCCUCUUCAACCCAGACUCUAAGGGCCUGUCGAACCCCAGCGAGGUGGAGGCUCUUCGGGAGAAGGUCUACGCCUCCCUGGAGGCCUACUGCAAGCAGAAGUACCCGGAGCAGCCCGGAAGGUUCGCUAAAUUGCUUUUGCGUCUGCCGGCCCUGCGCUCCAUCGGCCUCAAGUGUCUGGAGCACCUGUUCUUCUUCAAGCUCAUCGGUGACACGCCCAUUGAUACCUUCCUCAUGGAGAUGCUGGAGGCGCCACACCAAAUGACAUAAUGACCUUUGACCUUUACGCUCUCACAUCCUCUUAACACACCACCCACCCCACCCAGCCUCCGCCCACCCCCUGCUCCGCCCCUUCUGAGAGAGAAAGACUGACCACACGACCAUGUCGCUGGACACAAGAGACAGCUUGAGAAGGAGGUGUGGAGGGGGGGGGAGCAUAUUUCAGACAGACUGUCCCUCUCUCUGUUCUAUGUUAAAAAGAAAAAAGAAAAACGAGUGUCAUCACAUCAAAGGGUCUGUUUUAUACCUUGUACAAAAAUUGAUAUAUAUAAAUGAAAAUGUCUAUAUAACUCAAAAGAACAUUUUAAGAAUCAACAGAGCGAGACAGCCAUGGACUUCUGGACUUCACAGGCAAGAGACAAAAGGACACAUGCAUGUGUUUUUCUUUUUUUUGUUUGUUUGGUUUUUUUUUGUGAAAAAGAAAAAAAAAGUUUUCCUGGAAGCAAGGAUGGCAACGAGAUGUCAAUGAUGUCAUAACCUGGAAGUCGGGUAAUUGGAAGCAUAGCUUGUCCGUGUGCGUGUUUGUUUUGUUUUGAGGAAGAAGAAAUGCGUUUCAGGUGGCUUGACAGCAGCUUGGGGUAGAAGAGAGAGAAACUCAACUCAACUUUUAAGACCCUGAGGAUAUGCUACAUGCUACAACUGCAUAGAUGCUAAUAUCCUUUCAGAGCUCCUUUUUUACUCCCACAGGGAUUUCAGGAACCUGCACCAUAACGUCUCCUAGUGUCACAUUUAGAUUCAUGACCAUGUGAUGUGCUCACAGUGCAGUUAAGGUGUUCCUUCCUUCAACGAUGAGAACAGAACAAGGACAGAACAGAAACGAAAACAGGUGUGUGUCUUAAUACUGUUCAAUUUUAAUGUUCUGGAUUCAAGUGUGGGAUCUCCAGAAAGACUUUUGGGCUGAGGUGCUCUGUGUUGGCAGGUGGAGUUGGGGGGAUGGGGGUGGGGGUGGGGUGGGGUGGGGUGCUGCUGUGCCGACUGAGCUCCUGAGUGUCCGUUUGCACGCCUUUUUUCAAGGAGAAAAACACUGAACCAGCCAUCUAAUCACGGCUGUCAGAUUCAGGUCAGAAGAUAACUGAGUGCAGUUCUCCUAAUGACAUUAAGUGCAGAGUAGCAAGCAAACACACACACACACAAGCGCUCAAUGGAUAAGACUGCCUACCACUGGGUGACACUGUGAAUUUCUCCACACACACACACACACACACACACACACACACACAUCUUGUCGGGGUGUUUCAAUCCAGACAGGUGCUGAAGCAGAGGGCUCCUGGGCAGGAGGUCUGAUCAGGGAGCAGACUCUAUUCAAGUCACACCCCAGCCUCAGUCUGGAGAACGUCCCAUCUCAACUGAUCCUCGAUCAGGCCCACAUGAGUCAUUAGUAUGCAUAUGACUCUGAGACCAGCUUUUGUAAUGUCCCUAAUGGUUGAGUAAAGCUGAACACCCUCCAUGGGAAUGAAGCAAUGUCCAGUGACCUGGGGGGUGGGGGGAGGGUGGGAAGGGGAUGCUGCUCCAAGAGCAGGAUAUUCCUCGUAGCUUCUUAGGAUGAUGUUUUCCCAGAGGUCGGAUAUGUUUUGGGGGGGGGGGGAUCUGGAAUAUGGGAUUAAGAAUGCAUCAGCUAUGGGUUGAGCUGACGUCACUGCACAAACAAGGGCAGGAAUGAAUUUUCAAUGUUUUCAUGGGUAUUCAGUUUUUACUCACCAUGAGAAAGGGUCCUAUCGGAUCAUGUUGCCCAACCUUUGAUCCGCCCUUUGUCUCGUCCACAGUGACGUACACAUGCACACACACACACACACACACACACACACACACACACACACACACACACACACAGAGACAUGCACCACCUUCAGUGGUUUAAGGUACAUUCACUUCAAUCCUACAAUCAAGGCAGUCUUCAGAAGCAGUGCAAGUGUAGCUUUAGAUGAACCCUAUUUACCUGUGCAGUCCCACCACCACCACCAUACGUAGUAUUGAUCGAUUAGUAUUGAUUCAUUUUUUCAGUUUUCAUUCUGUUCGUUCAUUUGGUCACCUGCCUAUGUGCAAUUCUUUUCUUACCUCCAUUUGCCUCCCUCCAACAAUAAUGAGCCUCGCAUCACUGGCGUCUUUCUUCUUCAUCGCCAUCUCCAUCCUCAUCCUCGCACCCCUGGUUGGGUGGUCAACCGUCCCAAGAGAUGGGUGAGGCUGCUUUUUUUAGUUACCCACGAGGCAGUUGUGUCUCUGCUCCUCUCCUCCGAAACCCUCUCUUGUAACUUAAGCACUUAACCUCAAGUUUCAGAAUGGUGGCUCUGCUUUCCAGAGCUGCUGGAGGAUCAAAUGAUUGGGGCUUGGAGUAGGAUCUGAGUGUUAGGGCGCUGGUCCAUGAUUAGUACACACUCAUUACCCAGGGUGCACUUCUCCAGACAAAAGCAGUGUUGUGGUUGAAGAGAGAUUUAUUUUUGUUGUGAGAUAUCUCCAUUCGAGGAUCAGUUUGUUCACCAUGCCCAUACUCGUUAGUUUAGUUAGUUUUUUUUUUUUUUUUUCAUGUUGUUUUUUUAUGUUGUUUUAUCUUUUUUCUCUGUUCUGCUGCUGUACAACUAUGCAUCUUGCAUUUCCCAAAGAUUGUCCAUAGUGAGGUCGCUAUCUUUGUUUUCUCCGUUUUUUCCCGCAUCUUUCAAAAGGGAUGGCUGAAAGAAACCUGGUCUCAAGGCCACAGAAUGUGCUGGAUCUCCCACGUGCCUCAGCCCCCCACUCAGUGACUUUGAAACACGAGUCUUCGGGUCUAGGGCUGGCCUCCCUCAAUGUUACGGUGUCCAGCUAUACAGAAAAGAUGAAAUUUUGAAAUUUGUUUUGUAUUAUUUUUUUUACGGAAGUGGUGACCAGCAUAAAAUAGGGGGGAAGAAAUUUGAAUGCAUUUUGACUGCCCCCUAGUGGAGGACAUGCAGCAGUGCGGUGCUUGAGUAAAACAAAUUAACUUGAAUUUUGUACAAGUAUGUAAUUAGAGAAAACAAAUGGCACUUUUGGACAAAACUGUUCACUUACCAGCAAUAGACAAUAAUUCAGGAAAUAUUGUCAUUUUUGUUUGUCAGUACAUGGCAGUGAGAUUUUAUUGGCUGUAAACUUGCUGAACAAGUGUUUAACAGAAUUCAGAAAAAAAAACACAUUGACAUGUAGAAAUAUUGAAUUGGCUCAAGGACCUGUUGUACUGUAGAUAUAUCCAGUGGAUUAGUUUAAGUCCUGUUCUGGUUGUCAUUGUUGUGCUAAGCCUUGCCUCAUAGAGACCAUCCGCAUGUCUUAACAGUCAGAUGAUCUAUUGAAUAUUUCAACUUUCUGACCAAAAGACAUAACACACACACGCAAACACACACACACACUGUUACCAGCAGUUUGGCUUCUCAUGGAAGAAAACGUGUUUUAUUUUGUUAGUGUCUGCCUCAGACCAUUCAGUUUUCUCUUGAAAACGACAGCUCCUAAUGUUUUUUUUUUUUUUUUUUAUCAUCUCCGCUAUCAUUUUUGUUCUGGUGUGUCCUUUCUUUUGUUUUGUCAUUGUUCCUUUUUUUAGAUUGAUCAGGUUUACUGUUGAGUUUCGAGACCACAGGUAAAUUAAAGCCAUAUGCAAUGAAGAUCACUAACAAAGAAAAAAAGUUAACUCUAACCUGCAGGAAACUUACAGAAAUGUGUCCUUUGCGCUAACCUAGAAAUAAUCACAUAGAUAGAAUGAAUGCAUAAUGAAAUGCUUUAUAUAUACCAUAAAGCUAUAUUUUGUCUAUAUGUAUAUGUGUGUAUAUUUAUAAAUAUAUAUAUAAAUGAAUUGGUUUCCUUCAGUGUUUCCCAUCACUUUUAGCAGAGAGGGAGACACAGAAGUACUUUCAAUCAAAUUUUGAAGCCAGGCCUGAUUGCACUGUGGAAAUAUUUAUAAGGACUGAUCUAAGUUUUCAGAAUCUGUUGUGAUAAUUUUAUCGUUUGGCCUACAUUUGUUUUUCAAGAAAAGUUAAAAUGAAAAAAAAAAAAAAAAGUUCUACCAGCAAAAUGGAGUCUGAAGGCAAGACCACCUGACCAUGCACCAGCUCCUAAAUAGUUAAAAAUUCUUUGUCAUCAUGUAAACAAGUAAACAAUAUAUAAAUUAAAUGACUGGUCAAAACACACAUGCCUGGUGGAUUUAAACAAAAACAUGUCAGUUCUGUCUCAAAAAAGUCUUAGGAAAUUAAAUGAAACUUAGCCUUCAAAAAAAAAAAA